ACGACAUAGAGCUAUGAAUAACUUAAAUGAUCCACCACAAUGGAAUAUCCAUCCAAAUGAAGACGGAAGGGAAGGAAGUAAAUGGAAUUAUGCUCUGUUGGUUCCCAUGCUUGGACUGGCUGCUUUUCGUUGGAUCUGGUCAAAGGAAUCAGAGAAAGAAAUUUCAGAAACAAAAUCAGAGUGCAGCAAGAAACUGGAAAGUGCUCAGAAAGAUCUUGAAGCAAAAUAUCGAGAUACUAUCACAGAAAGCCGUCGUACAAUUGCUCACUUGGAAAUUGAGCUAGAAAAGGAGAAAAAUAGAACUCUCAGUUAUCGUAGGGCCAUCAUUUCCCAGGGGCAGAAACUUGUAGAGGAAAGGAAACAACUUGAGCAAGAGCGAGAGGAGCUUUUUCUCGAAAAACAAGCUGUUCAGAAAUCGGGCGCAGCAGGAACUUUAUAUAGAAGCUACAUCUUAAAAGAAGAAGAAUGGCAAAAAAAGGCCACCAGUCUGCUGAAGGAAUUUGAGGAGGGACUCAAGGAGAGGCAGAACAUAUAUUGUAGCCUGGUAAUAUCUAGAAAGGAACGAUUAGAAAUGGAGAAAAAUUUGAUUAUCAAAGCUGUUACUGAUCCAAUUGCAGUUGAAUUAGGCAUGGAAGCUGGAUUGGUCGACAUCUUUAAACAUGAUACUCACUGUGCUUCUUUUACAAACACCAAUAAACGUAGAAAUGGUAGACUAAUGUGGCUUUACCUCAAGUAUUGGGAGCUUGCAACUGAACGUAAUAAGUUCAGGAAAGUUGAAGAAGCCAUUAUAGGAGAAGCAAAGCUUGAAACCUAGCUUUAGAUAUUCUAUAUUUUUAGAGAAAGAAAUUUGGGAAUGUUAAAAUAUUGCAUUUGGAGAUAAGGAUCAAUGAAUAAAGUAUAUCCAUUUUAAGACUUCGAUUUAAAUUCUCCAGACAUUUUCUGAUAAAAAAAAACAAAAAACCCUGAAGAGCUAUUUAAGGUAUUCCUGCACAUAGUAUCUGCAAUGUCUGCAAUAUGGCUCUGUCCCAUUCUACUACUUAUAUUAGCAUGCAGUUUGUAAAGUUUCAUUUUUACCAUCUCAUCUCUGAUACAUUAGCUGAUACAUUAACUGAUAUAUUUUUUUAACAUUAUCCCUACGGAGUAUAUUUCCUGAGUUAUUAAAGUCAGCUGUUAUAAGUGAUACAAUAGUUGCUAACAUUCCACAGAUGCUACUGAGAAAUGUAUGAGCUAAUAUAGCAAAUUGUAACAGUUCAGUCUGUACCUGGAUAGCCAUGCUGCUAGACAGAAACCAGAGACAAAGCUUUAAUUUUAGAAAAAUUGAAAAACCCAAAAUGCACUUUAACAGAAUACACACUGCACAUUGGCAUUUGAUCCAUGGUAUGUAUAGGACACAUUCAUUACCAGGGGGCGGACUGGGCCACCAAGGAAUUGGGAGGUGUCCCUGUUGGCUCCAAUGCCCCAAAUCAUUUGCAAAGAGUUAGCUACUGAUUUGUGCCUUGAACACUAUGGGGAUGGUCAGUGAAGGCGGGUUCCUUUGAGGUCCUCUUGUGGGCCCAAGUUCCCCAGGACUCAUGGACAGGGCCAGCCGACCAGGUACCCUAGGCAACCUGGUCAGCCACCUUGCCCUGCACACCCCCCCCCCCCCCCCCCAUACCUCCACUACUUGUCAUUGCAUGGAUUCUGGGUAAGCAGGAGAACUACCUGCCCCGUAUCUUUGUGCCCUAGGCAGGUGCUAUUUCUGCCUACCCAUAGUUCCGGCCCUGCAGUUACAAGUUAUUUACAUUACUGUUGUGUGCUGAGAUCCCAUGUAAGGCUGUGUAGGUCCUUAGCUUGUUAUGCACCUAAUCUAGUCUGGUAAUUGUUGUAGUGGCAAAUUAGAUUUUUCACCUUUUUUUAGCUUUAGUAGCUAGCUAGUAGACCACAUUUGUAUAAGCUUUAUGUUACAUUUUUUAUGGGGAACAUAGAAAUGUAUUGAAUGUCUUAGAUUAAGAUUAGCUCCCUUCAUUUUGUUGGCUAUGUAUAUGGAAGACUAAUUUAACUUUGGGACAAAUUUAUUUGGUAAAAUUAUUUGUAUUGGUAAGAAAAUGCUCCUCACAUAAGGAUUUUGCCAUUUACUCUUAAACAAAUGUUUUUAUAGGGUGUUGAAAUAAAAACUAAAUAAUUAAAAAUUAUCUAAA